AUGUUGCCCCUAACGAUUUCCUUGUCUAUCUCCGGUGCGAUUCAUUGGCCUCCUAUCCACCGUGAGCGGUUCGCUCGCAACUCCGAGAAUAUACAUGCAUCCGUCAUGGCCGAAGCAGCUGGAAAAGUUGAGGGAGCCGCAAAGACUAAAGGGUCUGCUCAAGUCCAAGAAACCAGCAAGGCCCAAACCACGCAGCAGACCGUAUUCCAUCCUUUCAGCCGAAUACCCGCCGAGCUCCGCGCCAAAAUAUGGGCUAUCGCACUAGAGGAUGAGAAAGAGCAAGUACCAGAUUGUUGUUCUAUUGAUGCUGGUUACGGCAAUACGCUAACCAUUCAUGAGCAUGAAGGAAAGGAUGGGGAGAAAAAGUUGAGUAUCAUGUCAACACGUGGCUACCCCACUCUCUUCGCUGUCAACCGCGAAGCUCGCUACGAGGCUGCCAAAAUUGACGGAGGUGCAUGGUAUACGUUGGGUAUUGACGCUCCAGAGGUCUAUGUCCAUCCAGGCAAGGAGCAUGUAUACUUUGCGACAUGCUGUAACAGCACAGGAUGGUUUGGAGACACUCACCUUCGUUCCAAAUCACACGGGAUCUUGGAUUGCCGCCAUCGCACCUGA